UGUUUUCGGAUUUCGACUUAUCUUCGGGAUGUCUUUUACUUUUAUUUUUGACUUGCAGGCUUCAUCUCGUCGUUUUUCUUUUCUCAAGUAUUUCGGAUGGGAAGGAGGAGCAUCGGGCGAACCAUUUCUGGAGCAUGGAUACCACGGCGUUGAAUUUCUUUUUUCUUUCGGUUCUUCCUCUUCGCGGUCGGGUUUUCUUUUGUUUCGGUGGGAUGGAAUGGGAUGGACAAUCUGAUCAUGGUGGGGUUUUCUUACGAUCGAUCUAUCGAGUUUUCAAAAAAGGAAGGGGGCGGUGAAUGCAGGAUAUAUGUUAUUUUCCAACUAAAGGGAUCUCCGGCUUUGAGUCCCUUGGACUCGAGCGGUAAAUGGAUGAAUAUUUCAACGGGUAGGGGAGGAGUGGUUUCUCGUACGAGUACAAUGCAUCGAUCGAUCGAUUCCUCCCAAGUGAUCACUAUCAAUGUCACGAUGAAGAACAAAACGUCAACAUCAGUGUCUUUAUAUCUUAAUUGCGGUAUAUGUACUCAAAUGUGUCACAGAAGGUGUGCUUUGAUCUUCAUUUUCAUUUUCAUCCUCUUUGGGAGAUGCCAUGUUUUCUUAUGGCGGGGGUGUCGAGGCUGAUGAUAGGUAAGGCAAAACCUGGAUAUCAUUGGACGAUGGAGACGUCGUCCCUUGAGCGUCGUUCCG